AUGUCUGAGAUAUCGUAUUUGAGCAUAAAUAAUGCUCAUAAUGGAGUAAUAAUCAAAAUCCCCAAACCCGUACGAUUUCACACUUUAUCAGAAUUCAAAAAGUACAUUCAACAAUCAUAUCUGAUAGAUAGUGUUGACAAUAUAUUUCUAUUGACUACGUUUGGAAUUAAACUCAAUUACAAUUUAAUCAAUGAAAUUAGUGAAGUGUUUGUUUACGACAAGAGAUUAUUUACAAAUAUAGUGGAUCAUUCAUUAAUCGAUCAAUAUACACAAUUAACUUUCCGUGUUAAUGAACCCACACACUCACCAUUGCUUAAAAAUAAUGUUGGCUUUUUGAAACACAAUCUAUCCAGCAAUUUAAAGAUCAAUCAAGGAUGGGCAAGAAUUAUUGCUCAAGAUGGUGAAUUAAUGGAUCAAUACUGUCGAGAACUCAUUCAACAAAUAAAUGUCAUUUUCAAAUGUUUAAAUACAAUAUUUCAAUUUGCCACAAAUUUCACUAAUGAAAUUGAGAAAAACUUCACCAAUUUUUUCAACUAUGUUAAGUUGAUCAACUAUAAAACUUUACAUAAAUCAUGGACAGCAAACUAUAAGAACUUGAAAACAUUCCCCACUUUCAAAAUUGACAACAAAAGUAUCAAAUUAAGUGAUUUCUUAGAAGUUGAUAGGCUACAGUCGUUUGCUGAUUAUAUUGGGAAAUUUUUGCCAUUGAUUGUGAGUAAAUUAAAUGAAUUAAAGCAAGUUAUAGAAACUGUCAACGAAGAGAAAUUGACUGUGGACAAGUUUAUUGAGACCUCCCGCAACGACUCUAUAAGCAAGUUUAAACAUGUCAAUAUUCUGAACAUGUUGCAUCAAUUACAAGCGGGUUUACAACAAUUGACUGAUGAUAUUGAUAAUCUACAGUAUAGAAAUACCGAUGAAAUAUAUCGGUUGCAUCGAGAUAAGCUUUCUGUUUCAAUUUAUGAUAGUGCUAAAGAUAUUUACAAAAACUUGAAUGACUUGCAACAAUUCAAAACCAAACUUACUAAAACUAGUUUAAAGGCAUUUAAUACUAUUGCCAAUUUGCAAAUGAAAAUGGUAGGUGUUAAAACUGAGAUGAGGAAAAUAACAACUGAAGAUGAAGCUGCCACUGGAACUGAAAAUUCAAAGGGAGAUGUAACGUAUAAAACAAUUAGUAAUGUCAAAAAGUAUGAAGACUAUUUGUCCUUGACUAUUGAUUUGCCUUUGAUAUUUGGGUUUUCCCUUAUAGAAGAAAGACGACAGUUUGAAUGGUACGAUUUUUACUCAAAAGGAGUUGUAAACAAUGUCAGUGAACAACUAUCAACAAUUAUAGAGCAUGAAAAAGUGUUUCGUGGGAUUUGGUAUAAAAAAUUUGGUACCUUGUUGUCACUAAUUAAUGAUGAACCUUUAACUCCUCCUUCUCUCCCCAACAUUGAUGUCACACUUGUUGGUAAUAGACAGAAUAAUUUCAGUAUACUUUAUGAUGAUUUAAAAAUUGAAAGGGAUGAUAUUAUCAAUUACAUUUCUUUGAUUGAAACAACCAAUACACCCAGAAACUUUGUCACUUUGUUAAAUAAGAACUUUAAAGAUUUGAUAGCAUCUACUAAUAAUAUGAAAAAAGUCACUAAAGUUAUAUCAUCCCUCAGCACAUAUACCACGAAUUCAGCUGAUGAUAAACUGAAAUCAUUACACGAAGAAGGAACUGAUGAAGAAAUUGAUUUUGAUUUGAACUUGAUAAAAGGAUUGAAGUCAAGAAUAAAGAAAUUAGAGAAUUUGUUACACCAGCAACAAUUCAAGAAUUUAAACAAUUGGCCAGUUAUUAGAAAUGUAUCCAGCAUGACUAACGAUAACAGACAAAGCACAAUUAUUCAACCAAGAGUAGUAUCACCAGCCAAAACAAACCCUACACAAUUAUUGCUGCGGAAUCCAUCAACUAAGGAAAAUACAAACACCACCACCAAUAUUCAUAAUAAUCAUCAUCAACAGCAAUCUGAAGUAUUGGAUUCGUCUGUAAUUGACAAACAUCUCGAUAAUAUUAGAUUGAAGAAGUUGAAUAAUGAAUUGCAGACGAAAAAUACCGAGCUUGAAAACCAGAUCAACCAAAAGAAUGAAACCAUUAUGCAACAACGAAAAGAGAUAGAAGAUAUAAAAUUGGCGAAUGACAAAAAAGUUGAUGAAUUAAUGAAAAAGUUACAGGAGAAAGAUGAGGAAUAUCAGCUGCUUAAACUGGAAAAUAAAUUAAUAAGUAAUGAAGUCGACAGCCUCACCAACAAGCUUGAACUAAGUAAUAACCGGAAUAAUGAAUUGGAAACAAAGAUAUCUGAAUACAAUCAGACAGUUGCAGCAACUAGUAAAGAAGUUGCUGAUUUGAACAAGAAUGUGUCGAAUUUGCGUUCUGAGCUAGGUGACGCUAUGCAUAUGAAAAAUGAUCUUUUAUCAAAUCUAUCUUCCAAAGAAGCCGAAUUUACUAAAGAACGCAAUCAAUUUAAUAAUGAUUUGAAAACUCUACAAUUGAAAUUGGAUGAAGUCAAUGAAGAUUAUGAAAAUCUUAUGGAAUUGACUCAAGCAAAGCAAAAGAAGCAUGAUUUGAUAAUAAAUGAUUUGAAUAAUGUGAUCAUUAAUCUUAUGAAUGAUAUCAAGAAAACAUUAUUGAGUGUUUUUGAAUAUUUUUUGGAAUAUUGUUUGGUUUUAGAAUCUAUGGGGUUGUUAUUGGUUAAAGAAGAUAAAAUUUACAAAAUCAAACGUGUCAAGGGGUUAAAAUCCAAAAAAACAAUUGGUGAUGGUGAUAUGCUGAUAAUUUCCAAUGGUACUCCAAGUUCCAAAGUUAUCGAAGAGAUUGAACAUGAAAUAAGCAUUGUUAAUAAUAUACCACCUAUAAGCUCUAUUCUCCCAGAUAGUUAUUCAUCUGGAACUGAGAGUGAUUCCGUUGUUGAUAGAUAUAAUGACCAAUCGAUGAAAUUAAUUUCCACAUUCAACCAGUUGUUUAAGUUUAACAACGAGAAUGAAAAUGAAAAUAGAAUUGAUCAUAUUUUAAAUAUAUUGGCAUUUAAAAAUAAUGUUCAAUUACAAGAGGAUAGUAUCAAUGAUACACGAUUCUUUUUAAACGCUAUAUCGAAAAGAUUUAGAGACGUUGAAGGAUUUGCUAAGCGUCAAGCUAAAGAUAAUAAAUUAAAGGAACAAGAGCAGAGAAAGUUGAUCCACCGAUUAAAUAGUAAAAUCAGUGUUAAUGGAUUUCAGGAAAAAGAUUUAGUGUUAUUUUUGCCAACCAGAAUAGACCGACCAAAUGGUGAAAAUACCCCUAGUAAUGAAAAAAUUCAACCUUGGGCUGCAUUUAAUAUUGGCGCACCACACUAUUUUUUGAAAACUGAACAAACCAAGAAUAAAGAAUGGAUCAUAGGACGUGUCAAGAAGAUUACUGAACAUAAGGUUACUGAAGAGAAUUUACAAUCUUUGGAGUCUAAUCCAUUCCAAUUGAGUGUGAAUGUCACUUGGUAUUUGGUUGAAGCUGACGAAGAGUAA